AUGUCAGAAAAACUUUUAAAGUAUGCCUAUGUAAAUUCUGCGGAUAAUACUAAGUUUUUCCCAGCUGGUGUGCCGAAACCGCUUCUUGGGAUCGAGAAACCGCGCAUCGAACAACGAGGAUCACGAACAUUACUGUACUGGACCGUUGGUGGUGACACAUCAAAUGUUGCAUCCUAUAAGGUAAGUAAUAUUCUCUGUCUCGAUUUUUGUGAUUCUUUAUAG